GGCGGGCGGGCGGAGGAGAGGGCCAGGGCCGCCCCGUCGCCCGCCAUGUCGGAGACCUACGACUUCCUCUUCAAGUUCCUGGUCAUCGGCAGCGCCGGCACCGGAAAGUCCUGCCUGCUGCACCACUUCAUCGAGAGCAAGUUUAAGCAGGACUCCAACCACACCAUCGGGGUGGAAUUCGGGUCGAAGGUGGUGGCCGUCGCGGGCAAAACGGUGAAGCUGCAGAUCUGGGACACGGCCGGGCAGGAGCGGUUCAGGUCUGUUACUAGAAGCUACUACAGGGGUGCAGCCGGGGCGCUUUUGGUGUAUGACAUCACGAGCAGAGAGACCUACAACGCCUUGACCAAUUGGCUAGCCGAUGCCCGGACUCUGGCCAGCCUCAACAUUGUCAUUAUUCUAUGCGGCAACAAGAAGGAUUUGGAUGCUGACCGGGAAGUCACUUUUUUGGAAGCUUCUCGUUUUGCUCAAGAGAAUGAGCUGAUGUUCCUGGAGACCAGUGCCUUGACUGGAGAGAAUGUAGAAGAAGCUUUCCUGAAAUGUGCACGGACCAUCCUGAAUAAAAUCGAAUCAGGUGAGCUCGACCCAGAGAGGAUGGGCUCCGGUAUCCAGUACGGGGAUACGUCCUUGCGGCAGCUGCGGCAGCCCCGGAGCAGCCAGGCACAGGCGCGGCAGCAGUGCACCUGCUAGGGCCCAGGCCCCCACCGGCUUGCAAGUGCUGGAACUCCGCUGCUCUGGACCCAGGGCUCCAUGAAGCCUCCUCUUCUGUUGGGCCUCGUGGGCUGAAGACCCCACCGCACCCCCUGCUGUGGCUGCCACGGCCACUGCUGCUUCCUCCCCCUUGCCUCGCCUCCUGUCCUAAGGGCAAGAAGGGGGGCGCGUUCGGCUAUCAGAUUUCCUAGCAGAAGGUUUGCACGAGUAGCUGAGGCCCCCGCAUCCCUCCCCUCGCACACUGCUGCUCCCCAAAGGUAUUUGUGUGGGGGUGCCCCUGGAGGGCAUGGGGCCUUCUUGGUCCCUCUGAUUGGCCAGGAGUGUUGGUGUUCCUCCCGAGAUGCACUACUUUCCCUCUUUCUUCCUUCGCUCCGCAAGACCUUGA